AUGGACAACUUCAUGGAAAUAGUCCAAGACCGCUGCGAGCAGCUGCGGCAUGUGGGCUACACCAACUUCUUUGUAUCAAUUCUCAUCAUCAUUGGCAUCAUGUUCUCGUACCUCCUCCAGCACUACCGCAUCAUAUCCCGUGGCACGUCCGAGGGCAUCUCGCCGUACUGGGUCCUACUGGGUGUCACCAGUGCCAACUCGCAGUUUGGCAACAUCCUGACCUUGCCUCAGUCCCGGGCCGACGUCUCGUGCUGCAAGGAUGUCAGCCCCUUUGAGUGUGCUGCUGGUCUCUUGGGCAUCGCGCAAAUUGGGGUGCAGUGGGUUUGUUUUGCCAUCAUACUCGUUCUCUUCCUCAUCUUCUUCCGCCGCGAUGACGUCGAGUUGGACGCUGAAGAAGAGGACGAAGCCGAAACGGAAACCGACCAGCCUACUUGGAGGACGGCCAUCGGCGUGGCUGCCAUGUGUUUGGUGCACGGUCUAUUUGUUGUCAUCAUCUCGGCUGCUCUCGCUCUCGGCGCGCCUUCGUACCUGGGUGCUUGGGCAAAUGUCUUGGGCAUUGUCUCUGCUGUAUUAGCAGCCAUCCAAUACCUCCCGCAGAUUUGGAUGACGUACCGUCUGAAGCAUGCGGGCAGUCUGAGCAUUCCCAUGAUGUGCGUACAGACGCCGGGUGGUUUCCUCUUCGCCGCCAGCUUGGGGGCGCGUCUCGGCUGGGCUGGCUGGAGCUCAUGGGGCGUCUACGUCCUAACCGCAAUCAUGCAAGGCAUCGUUCUUUGCAUGGCGCUGAGCUACGAGUGGCCAUCGCGCGAGGAACGGGACCAGCUUCAACGACCGCAUUAUAGCCGGCGUACCACUCCUCGGGUGAUCCCAUCUCCUGGACCAUAUUCCGCGCACCUACAGGCGUACGCAGAUACGCAAGAAGAGAUCGAGAGAGCUCUAGAUCGUGAAAGUGUGCAGGGCGUCGGCGAGAACCAACCUCUCUUGGCCCCUGGAGGUAUUGGUAGCUCUGGCGUCCGGUGA